GUGUGUGUGUGUGUGUGUGUGUUUAGUUCUCCAAGGAGAAGUACCUGUUGGAGUCUCCCCCGGAGAAGUUGAGGAAGGAGCUAGAGGAGGAACUGAAACUCAGCAGCAGCGACCUGAGGAGCCAUGGCUGGUACCAUGGCCGCAUCCCACAGGAGGUGUCAGAGACGUUGGUUCUGCGCAGCGGUGACUUUCUGGUGCGAGACUCGAUGUCCAACACGGGCGAUUACAUGAUCACGUGUCGCUGGCAGCAGGAGGUGCUGCACUGCUGCAUCAGUAAGGUUCUGGUGAAGAGCGGACAGACCAAGGUACAGUUCCUGCUGGAGGACGAGACCUUUGACUCGCUGCCCACUCUGAUCCAACACCACGCUGGUACCGGCCGGCCCGUGUGCCCGCGCUCCGGCGCUCAGCUGCUCUGCCCCGUCAACCGCACUCUGCCCCUUAGGUACCUGGAGGCCACGUUCGCCCUAGCCAGUGGGAGAACAGGGGCACCUUCACCGUCCACUCAGCGGGGGGCUCACAUCAAGAGACGCAGCGUCACCAUGACGGACGGCCUGACCACAGAGAAGAUCAUCCCACACAGUCCAUCCACAGUUCACCAUAAAGACGCUAUGAGGAACUGUGCACUCAGUAUGGAUCGGAUCCAGGAGAUGCGAUGUCCCCUGUCUCCUGUAGGAGAAGCUCCACUCUCACCUGCCUACACCUCAAUUUCCCGUCACAGACAUGGAUCAGGUGGUCGUGUCUUAGCUGUAAUUCCCCCUUCGCCGGUGAUGCGACGGUCCAGCGAGCCCCACCUCUCCCCCUCCUCCUCCUCCAAUAACAAUGUUUCAUGCACAGACACACCAGCUAGCGCUCACGGCUACCCUUCAGACGGCUCGGAAGGAGGGGGCAGUUACUGUGAGCUGAGGCCGGGGCAGCCCCCGACACCUCCGUCUAAAAGCUACGUGGAGAGGCUGAGGGUGGAGGAGGGCCGAGCGCCAGGCUCCGCCCCCACCAAUGAAGGAGAGAGCUCCAGCCUGCCUCUGGUGGAGAGCAGUUCAUGCUUCAGACCCGGGCAGUACCAAUCAGCCCUGCUUCCUGUAGAGAAUAAGCCCCUGGAGAUGGGGGUCCUGAAGAGGGUGAAGGAGCUGCUGGCUGAAGUCGACCCUAAAACAGCCGCCAAUCACAUCACCAAGGCCGACUGCACGGUUGCUAGGAUACUGGGUGUUACCAAGGAGAUGCAAAGGAUUAUGGGAGUGGGUUCAGGACUGGAGUUGCUGACUCUACCACAUGGCCAUCAGCUGAGACUGGACCUGCUGGAGAGGUUCUACACUAUGUCCAUCAUGAUGGCUGUGGACCUGCUGGGCUGUACGGGCAGCACGGAGGAACGAGCUGCUCUGCUCUACAAGACCAUCCAGCUGGCAGCCGAGCUCAAGAGCACCAUGGGAAAUAUGUUCGGGUUCGCUGCCAUCAUGAGAGCCCUCGAACUCCCGCAGAUCUCACGCUUGGACCAGACAUGGAUGACAUUGAGGCAGAGACACACGGAGGGAGCCAUCUUAUACGAGAAGAAGCUCAAACCCUUCAUGAAGAGUUUAAAUGAAGGCAAAGAGAGCUGCGUGCUGACCAAUACGACCUUCCCACACGUCGUGCCCGUGUUGUGCCUGUUAGAGAAGGGCGUGGCCGUGGGGGAGGGGUCGGACCCGUGGGAUACUUCAGAAUGGGGCGUGGACGUGGUCAUGAGCCAUCUAGAGGCAGCACGUAGCAUUGCUCACCAUGGAGGCCUGUACCGCACCAACACUGAGAGCAAACUACAAGACUUCCAGGAGAGAGAGGAAGUAUCUGAGAUGUUCUGUACAGAAUUCCAGAUGAGGCUGCUCUGGGGAAGCCGAGGGUCAGAGGGGAGUCAGAACGAACGCUACGAAAAGUUUGAUAAAGUCCUCACGGCUCUUUCACACAAGCUGGAGCCUCCUGUACGCCACAGCGAGCUUUAGCAUCACUCACACCCCCGCCUGGCACAGUGGAACUGUCCGAUUCCCUCUUCUGGGAGAGACCAUUACACAGACAGUGGGGAGUGAAGGAGGGAACGGAAAAGGCAACAAAUUAAUAAUAAUGAGAAUAAGGCACAAAGGGGGCGGGGCUUAUCCUGACGGGACGACGCCUCGUAUCGUUCGGAAAGCAGAACUGCGGCAGGGGUGGAGUUUGAUACCCUGAUACCAAAAUCCCUUUUCUGACUCGGGUGAUGUGAGAGAAACGUCUCUCGGUCUGCAUGAUCAUCACUCCAUCAUCCCGACACUCAGAGCGACGCCGCACUCCUUCACGCCGCUAACGUCUUCACAUGUUGCCAAAAUCUCAACAUCCACUUUUUCAUUUUUAUACAUUUUUAUGAUUGUUUUUGAUACCAUUAUGCGUUUAGUUUGUUUUCUGAAUACAAGGAGCAAUAUGUGGCAAGGACACAUGCUUACUGUAGAGAAUGCUGUGGAGAUGGUGGAGAUCACAGACUUACUAUGGGUGAGUGUGUAGGAUGAAGAAUCUCACCCUGGACCUCACCCUGGUUCCUGUUGGUGAUCUGCUGAAGAACGCAUCCUUGUUCCUGAUGGUGAAUGUGACAAAGAACCUGUAUAUAGAACCUGUAUUUUGUUGCAGAACUUUUUCUGGUUCUAGUUAAAGAGUUUAGGAGAUCUGAUGAAGACCUCAUCUUCAGUACUUCAUCCUAGUUACUGCUGACAAUCUCACAACAGGUCCUGUAGAAGAACUCACUUCAUUUCUAGUUGUUUACACCAUAUAUCCUGGUUUUCAUAAGGUUUCUGUUAAGGUUAUUGUGAGGACAUCGUCCCAGUUCCUGAUGGAGAUCACUCAAAGUGGUUUAUGUUAAAGAUCCAUAAAAAAAAAAAAAAAAAAAAGAUCUCACCCUCCUUUCUCUUAAAGAUCACACAGGAUCUUUACCCUGGUCAAUGUUUAAGCUUCAUCCCAGAUACCUUUUACAGUUUUCACCCCGGAACUAGUUAUAGGUCUUCUCUGAUCUUCUGUAUGGACUCCUCAUGAACACUGACACAGACGUGCUGCAUGUUGCUCCUUUUCUCCUCUCACGGCCUUAGAGCGAGUGAAGCCUGGAGAGAAACUGUGAAGAUUGUAAACCUGGUGUGUGUCAUUUUCUCCAUGUGUGUGUGUGUGUGUGUGUGUGUGUGUGUGUGUGGAGGAGGCCUUCAGGAUAAAGUCCAGUGUAAUAACUGGAUUGUGUAAAUUUUCUUUCUGUCCCAUUUUACGUAAUAAUUUAAUUUAUGUUUAUCAAUUGAGAAUUUUCUCAGCGCAUGUGCAGAACUGGAACCCUGAAAAAAAAGCAUUAAGCAAAAAAUAAUAAUUUAAAAAAAAACUAAAAAAAAAAAACCAGUAACAUCUGCUAAAGAACUGCUGUUCGCUCUCUAUAUUUUCCUUUAUUCUCCUUUAAAGCCACACCAACUCUUCAGGUUAAUCAGAUAUACCUCUUCAUCUUACUCUCUUUCUUCCUCCUCUUAUUAUUUUUAUUUUUUUUUCCUGACCUUAUAAUAAAUACAGACACGUUUGUUUUUUUAUUCCACGUAUUCUUGACUUCUUAAGAGCUCAAGAUCAACACUAUUAGUCAUCUGUUUUUCCAACAUUAUUAAAAAUACAAACACAUUGUAGAGGCUCUAUUUCAGGUAAUUUAUAUACACAUAUAAAGGCAAACUUUAAAAAAAAAAAAAAAAAAAAAAGCAAUUCACGGUGGAGGAUUGAGGAGCUCUGUGUGCAAUCCCACUCCCGGCCACAAGAGGGCUCUGUACAGCAAGCAAAUAAAUGACGAACGAUUUCUUUUUUUAAGAGCAGCAGACGCAUGACAAUUUGCACCAACAGUGAUUUAAAAAAUAAUAAUAAUAAAGCUUUAAUAAAUAAAUAAUACACAUUAAAUUCUUACGGAUGCUACAGUAGAAAUUACAGUGAAUUAAAAAUAACAAUAAUGUUUAAAGACAAUAAAAUAAAUAAUCAACAAGAUUAGAAAGUUCUUAUUUCAUAUUUUGAAAGUUUUUUUUUAUUGCUUUUUGAAAAUAAAUUUAAUUUUCAUCAUUUGCUAUCUACGGCUAUUCGUUUUUGGAGAUCAGGAUUGGAUUUAAUGGAAUAAACACACGCCUUGUCCUCGUUGGUGCAAAACUCAGUCAUUUUUACAGAAUUUUCCUGUUCAGGUUUGUUCAGGUUUCACUGAGAUGGUGUUAAUGUGGGUGUAAAUAAAGGAGGGACACUGAUGUGCUGUACAUAUAAGUAGGAGAUGUUUUUCAAGCUUUUUUCCAGGAAAUAAAAUACAGUAAGUUUG